AGACGAACCUUUCUCAAGGAAUAUCGACCGCCAUCGUUUUACGUUCGUAGCACUGAUCUGAAAUUCGACCUUGAUCCAAACAAAACGACUGUAAGCUCGAAAAUUACAGUCAUCAGAACCAACUAUGCGGAAGCGAGUGACUUUUAUCUGAAUGGCAAUAAUCUGGAGUUGCUGUCUAUUCAGAUGAACCAGGAAGAGCUGCCUGAAUCCUGUUACAGAAUGGAUUCGCAGGGCAUCACCCUGAUCAGUCCUCCCAAUGAGUUUGAGCUAAGCAUCAGCAACAGAAUCGACCCUUCGCAAAAUUUGGCACUCUCCGGACUCUACAUGUCUGACGAUAUGCUUUGCACGCAGUGUGAAGCAGAAGGAUUUCGCAACAUUACCUACUUUCCUGACCGGCCGGAUAUUCUGAGCAAAUUUUCUGUCACAAUUGAAGCGUCUCAAAAAGAGUUUCCCAUUCUGCUCUCCAAUGGAGAACUGGUCGCUACGGAAAAGCUGCCUAGCGGCAGACAUUCGUCAACGUGGAUUGACCCUCAUCCAAAACCCUGCUAUCUCUUUGCACUGGUGGCCGGAAAACUGUCAGUUCUCCGAGACACAUUCGUCACCCGAUCAAACAAUCGUGUAAAACUUGAAUUCUAUACUUCGAGCAGUGAUCUGGAUCAAUGCAUGCAUGCCAUGAAUUGCCUCAAGCGAGCCAUGAAAUGGGAUGAAGAAGUCUAUGGCCGCGAAUACGAUAUGAAUCGAUACAUGAUCGUAGCGGUCGAUCAUUUCAAUAUGGGGGCAAUGGAAAACAAGGGGUUGAACAUCUUCAACUCAAAAUACGUUUUUGCCAAACCUGAUACCGCAACAGAUCAGGAUUUUCAUGCAGUGGAAAGUGUGAUCGCACACGAAUACUUUCACAACUGGUCAGGGAACAGGGUGACUCUUCGGGACUGGUUUCAGUUGAGUCUGAAAGAGGGUUUCACGAUCUACCGUGAUCAGCAGUUCAGUUCAGAUAUGGGUUCACCUGCAGUUCAGAGAAUUCACGACGUUAACAUGGUGAAACUUCAUCAGUUCCGUGAAGACGCGGGUCCUUCCAGACACCCGGUACAGCCUGACUCCUACCUGACGAUCGAUAAUUUUUACACAAUAACGGUCUACAACAAAGGAGCCGAGCUGAUUCGAAUGAUGCACCUCCUGCUCGGGGCGGACUCCUAUCGCGCCGGAACCGAUCUGUAUUUUGAGCGAUAUGACGGACUCGCAGCAACUGUGGAGAAUUUCGUCUCCGCAAUGGAAGAGGCAAGUGGAGUCAAUCUAGAGCAGUUCCGUCUGUGGUAUCGAGUUGGCGGCACUCCCAGAGUAUCGAUUCAACGACAAUACGAUUCGACACGCCGCACCUUCAUGCUGACCAUGGAACAGAAACCGCCGCAUUCAAGCGAAGAUUCCAGUUGGUCACCGAUGCAUGUUCCGAUUCAGAUAGCGCUACUCGACAAUGACGGUAAUCGAUUGCCUUUAAAACUGGAUUCCAACCAAAGCGCAACACAAGAUGAAAUACUUCUUGAACUGACCCAAAGCAGACAAACUUUCAAAUUUUUUGAUCUCGAAUCCAGCCCCACUCUGUCUCUCCUUCGAGGAUUUAGCGCACCGGUCCUGAUAGACGACCCGCAAGCGGAUCAAGAUCUCCAUUUCAUCAUGGCGCAUGAUGAUGAUGCUUAUUGUCGUUGGAAUGCCUGUCAGCAGGUCUUCAAACUCCAAGUGCAAAAACUUGUCGCCAACAUCCAGAACGGUCGGGAAACCGAUAUUGAAAGCGAGUUUCUUUCCUCUUUCAACGCAGUUCUGUCGAAUGCUGUCGAAGACCCGCAGUUCAAGGCACUACUGCUCGAACCUCCUUCAGAAAUUGCAAUUGCUCAGACUAUGGAGAUUGUCGAUCCGACUGCGAUUCAUAAUGCUCGGAAGAUAUUGGUAAGAAAACUUGCUGAACGAUACUAUGACCAACUCAUCGAACUCUAUCGAGCACUGAAUGGAGAUUGGGGAGAUUCGACAGACGCAGUUGGCAAGCGAAGUUUGCGAAAUCUGUGUCUCAACUACCUCAUUGAACUUGAUGAUUCUACAGUGCAGAAACUGGCACUACGCCAGUUUGAGUCCAGCAGCAACAUGACUGAUCUGGCGGCUGCACUGAGAGCACUGGUCAAUUCCAGCAGUCCUGCCAGAGAAUCAGUGCUUCAAAUGUUUUACGAUAGAUGGCGCAAUGAUUCAGGUGUCAUCGACAAGUGGUUCCGAAUUCAGGCUACGGCUGCCAGACCCGAUACUCUCAAGAAAGUUGUUGAUCUCUCUAAACACCAAUCGUUUAACAUUUACACGCCGAACCGCGUAUAUUCUUUGAUUGGUGCAUUCUGUCAUGCAAACCCAUACUGUUUUCACGCGAGGGAUGGAUCGGGUUACGACUUGCUGACCGAAUAUGUCCUCAGAAUUGACAAAGCCAAUUCACAAGCUGCCGCACAAUUGACAGAAGCUUUUACUGAAAUUCGCCGAUUUGAUCAGGAUAGGCAGGACGAAAUGCGCCAGAGAAUAGAGCAAAUUGCAGCGACACCAGGGAUUUCCGUCAACAUCUACGAAAUCGUUGACAGAAUACUGGCACCAUUCAAAAACUGA